AUGCUUCUCGCACUUCCCAUACCAAUCCUCGCCAUGUUGAGGACCUCAUGGCGCCACAAGGCCCAGCUAUACGGUCUUUUUGCCAUCGGUAUCCUUAUCGUCGUCGUCACGGUCGUCCGACUACCCAUCAACGCGGCGCACAAUCACAGCAACGCCAGUCGCGCUGUCUGGUUCGGCACUGAACUGCUGGUUGUCACCAUUUCAGUCAACGCGCCAGCAUUGUAUGGGCUUUGGAACUUGGGCCGGCGGCAAAGGUUGCUGUCGCGGGGCAUGAACCCAGGGCCCAGCGAACCUCAACGUCUCGAACAAGGCAGUGUCAUCACGACUAUAGGCGGUACCGAAACACAUGCGAUGACCAACAGACGUAAAGCGCCUAGCUGCAUGUCUUAG